AUGUUCAUUAAACAUGUUAAGGUGUGGGAGGAUCCAUGGAUCCUAACGGUCCCAGCGAGGCCGGCUAUCCCUGUUACACCAGUUAUGCAUCCCAAUAUGAGAGUCAGUGAUCUCAUUAAUCAGACAGCAAAGGAUUGGGAUGUUGGACUAUUGGAGAACUACGUCAAUCUUGAUGACAUACCGCUCAUAAGAAUAACAAGGAAUUUAGCAAGACGCAAUAUGAGAUGUGAUAACUAUUGCCCAAGAUGUGGAGAAUUAAAAGUAUCUGUAACACAUGCCAUCUUUGAAUGCCCGCCAGCGCUACAGGCUUGGACCUUAUCAGCAACUCCAACAAGCCCAGAGGUAUUUCCAGUAUCAAGUGUCUACACAAAUAUGGACUACCUAUUCUGGAGGAAAAACUCUAUUAUCGAGUCGGAACAAGACAUGGACCCUUUUCCCUGGAUAAUUUGGUAUAUCCGGAAGGCUAGGAAUGAUAAACUGUUUAGGGGGAUAGAUAGAGAUCCUUUGGAGUUGGUUCGAUAUGCAGAGAGUGAAUGUCAGGCCUGGUUUGAUGCGAACGAAGUGGUACAACCAGUGGUACAAGAGAACAAUGUGGUCAGCCCCCAAGUCAUAAGCUUGGGUAAUAUAUGCUUGUUAGCUGAAUCUUUGACAGCAUCUGCCAAUUUAAGUGGAUGUGGAUGGGUUUGGAUGGACAGUAGGGGAAUACUCAGCUCAUAG